CCUAAACCAAAACCAACCAACCAACCUUUAUUUGCCAAUCCCAAAACAGCAUCUCUCAUUCUCUCUGCUUUACUUUUUCUCAAAUUUCUUCCUUUUUUGUUUUCUGUUUCAUCUUUUCUUGUUCAUAUUAUGGAACUGUUCAACAGCUUCCCUUGUUUUAUCUGAUUAAGUUGAUCAGCUACUUUCUUGAUUGCAAACUUUUAGUACCAUAAGUUUAGGUCUGCAGAAUUAGUAAAACAGAAAAUCAAGAAAAUGUAUGUAGAAGAAAGUGUUUGUUUUGAUGCUGCUACUCAUGUGCAGCAUGAAGGACUAGCAGAAGAUGUUUUUGGUAUACAAGAACAUACAUAUCACAAUAAUAAUAAUAAUUCCUCCCAACAAGAUGUAGCUGCAGCAGCCGCGGCCGCGUUGGAAUUAGAAUUUCAGCAGCAAUUGAAUCUUGAAAUGGAACAAUGUUACAAUAAUAAUAACCAUAACAACAACAUACAAGAUCAAUCUAAUAAUAUUAUUAAUCAAGGGUUGUCAUGUGAUCAAUCAAAUUGGGGAGAAAUGAAUUUUCCUCCAUACCAAAAUCAAGAAGACAAUAACACUAAUAACAACUUUCAUCAGCAAAAUUUCCCAAAUCCAAUAUCUGAAGCUUCUCCAUAUCUAACAACCCCUGAUCUUCUCAACAUGUUUCCUUUACCAAGAUGCUCACAGUCAUCUUUACUUCCUCAAAAAUCUACAAAUUUGUUAACUUCACUAGGCCUUAUUGGUGACAUUGAUGGUGGUGGUGCAUCAACUUCAAGUGCAGUGUUUGACCCUUCUUUAGUACUUCCAUUAAAUCUACCUCCACAACCCCCUUUAUUGAGAGAAUUGUUCCACUCUUUUCCACAUGGCUAUGGCUUGAGAAACUUGAGAAGCAACAAUAAUAAUACUUCUUUCUUUAAUGGAUUGGAGGAGACAGAUCAGGCUUUGUACCAAGAUAAUGGAGAAACAAGGCCUUUUGACAAUGGGAUUUUUGAGUUUUCUGCUGUUGCCAAAAAUAGAGAUGGUAAAAAGACUAAACAUUUUACUACUGAGAGGGAUAGGAGGGCUCAGUUAAAUGACAAGUUCCAAGCUUUGAGGACUAUGGUUCCCAAUCCUGGCAAGAAUGAUAGAGCAUCAAUAGUGAAGGAUGGAAUUGAUUACAUUAAUGAGUUGAAAAGGGGAGUGAAUGAGUUAAAACUUAUGGUGGAGAAGAAGAGAUGCAGCAGAGAUAGGAUUGUGAGGCAAAAGACAGAAGGUGAUACUGAUGCAAAACAAAUAAUGGAUGAAGUAGAACAAUCAUACAAUGGGAAUUCAUUAAGGAGUUCAUGGCUUCAGAGAAGGUCUAAGAAUACUGAAGUUGAUGUUCGGAUCGUAGACGAUGAAGUUACUGUAAAACUUGUUCAGCAGAAGAGGAUUAAUUGUCUUUUCUUUGCAUCUAAGAUUCUUGAUGACCUUCAAUUGGAUCUUCACCAUGUUGCUGGUGGACUUAUUGGUGAUUACUACAGCUUCUUGUUUAACUCCAAGAUUUCUGAAGGAUCAACUGUGUAUGCAAGUGCAAUAGCCAAGAAGCUUAUUGAGGUUGUGGACAUACAGUAUGCAGCAAUUGCACCAACUAACAGCUAUUAAAUAAUUAGUUCAGCUCUUUAAUUUAUGGAUUAAUUUCUAGAAGGUUUAAGCAGAUUCAUCGGCCAGAGUGGAUUAUAGUGUUUAAUUUAGUGAUUUAAGAGUAAUAACUUUGUUGAAAUCCAUGGGAUGAACUCAGGAUUGGCUAAUUUACUCAAGUUUAAUUUGACAUCUUCAAUCUCUAAACUGUUAUAGACUCAUAUAGUUAGUGACUUUAGUAUAAACUGUUAACAGAAAAAUAUAUACUCCUACA